AUGAAAUUAGGAAUUCAUAUCUUCUCAUUUAUACAUAUCAUGACCAAGGAUGUAAAAACUUACAAACUAUUUUUUUCUAAAAAGAAAUUAUGUUUUCCUGACAAUGGAAAAUGGUGGAAUUUCACUAUAGUAAAUAAUAAAAUUUAUGGUGAAGAAUACUCUGAUUCAUAUUGUGUAAAUCUUGUUAAUAGCUUCACUAAUGAUUUAGACGUAUGUUUAACAGAAGAUCAGAAAAAUUAUUUUUAUAUUGACCCUUCAAAAGAAGAAUUACCAGGAUUAAAUUUAGAUUAUGACUAUAAUUAUAAUCAUGUUGAUAAUAGUGCUGAAAUGAUGAAUCCAUUAUUUUCAAUGAUAGUUGUUUUUGUAACUAUCUUUUUAUGUCUUUUUUAG